AUGACUGAGAGAGAGCCUAAAGCAAGCGUAGAGAUACGUAUAUGGAGAUUGGGCGUAGGCCACCACAAAGCUCCAAUAUUUGCCCUGAAUGAGUGCGACGAAUUUUGUCGAAUGAUCGAGCGACAUGAGCUCACUGGACUGGGCAGGAAAUGCAAGAUGCGUUAA